AUGAUCGCCAGGCAGGCCCCCCUGCCGGCUCACAGCAGCAGCAGCAGCAGCAGCAGCAGCUUGGGGCAGCAGACCAAUGGCGCCCCCGGGGGCCCCCCUUUGACGUUUUCAGAGCUGCAGAGCCACCGCCUGGUGUUGCUGGCCAGGCGGACGUGGCUGCAGCAGCAGCAGCAGGUAGAGCAUGUGGACGCGGGGGCCUUCUUUGCUGCAGCAGCAGCAGAAAAGGAGCGCGCAGCAGCAGCUGCAAAGGCGAAGUUGGAGGAGGCGAAAGCGGCGCUCGAGGCCCUCAGCAGCAAGCAGCCUGCGGACAAGGAGCAGCAGCAGGAGCAGAAGCAGCAGCAGCAGCAGAAGCAGCGCGUUCUGGAGCAGGCUGAGAAGCGCGCGGCCGCUGCUACUGCAGCAGCAGCAGCAGCUACUGCUGCGAAACAGUCCUGGGAGGCCCGUGGGGGAGGGCAGCGCAGCAGCAGCAGCAGCAGCAGCAGCAAAACUGCAGCACUGAUAUCUGAGGUGUACGAACAGCUGAAGCGCAGCAACUUUUCUGGCAGCAGCGUGCAGGCCCUCGACUACACUCAUUACUUGGAGGCUUUUUUGUGGCCUUCGUUUAACAGCAGUCCUGCUGCAGCAGCAGCAGCAGAGCCUGCAGCAGCAGCAGCAGCAGCAGCAGGAACGACGCAGCCUGCGCACCUGCUGAGCAUUUGCGCGUUGCUGCUGAGCUCGGGGGCCAGAGGCGGCGAGCUGCUGCUUCCAGGAGGAAGACGAGGAGCAGCAGGAGGCAGCUGA